UCCAGGGGACUUCUGCAGCUAAGAGGACAGCACACUGUUUGCAGGAUGAUGUGGCUGAGUUUCCUGCUAUGCUCCUGGCUUAUUGCAAGUGACGCCCAAGAGGUCAUUUUUGGCCAAAACAAGUACACGGAAUACCAGGUUGGGAACAUGAGUCUCAUUCUGACCGUUCCACAUGGAGGAUCAUUGUUACCUUCCUCAAUUCCUUCCCGAGACGCCGGGUGCUGGGACAAAGCUACAAGAAAGUGCUCCUAUACACAUUCCUGUCCCUCAGGAACAGCAACAGACUCCGUUAAUUGUCCGAUUACAACAGUAAAGGAUCUAUAUACUCAAGAAAUGGCUUUGGCCUUGACCAAAGAGAUCUGUCGCUUGACCUCUGGUUACUGUCCUCAUGUUAUUAUUAAUAAUUUAUCAAGGUCUAAGUUGGAUCCUAACCGAGACAAAGAUGAGGCAGCCUUUGGUGUUCCUCAAGCAGAUCAAGCCUGGGAUGAAUUCAUGGGUUUUAUCCAUGCCGCAAAGUCUCGUAUGUCAAACGGUCUACUCAUCGAUAUCCACGGCCAAGCACAUGCCGAGCAAUGGAUUGAGCUUGGUUAUCUAAUUUCCAAGGCAAACUUAGAUUCCGGAAAGUUCUCUGCAUCUGACAGCUCAAUAAAUGCCUUAUCCAGAAGACGGCGGGAUACUACUUUUGAAAAUUUGCUUCGAGGGAGUCAGAGUUUGGGAAAACUUAUAGAAGAGCAGAAUUCUAGUUAUGUGUGUGUUCCCUCACCUUCCAAUCCAGGGCCCAAUGGUGGUAAUUAUUUCACUGGAGGGUAUAUUGUGGGCACCCAUGGCUCUAAAGUAUCUGGUGAAGUCGAUGCCAUUCAAAUUGAGCUUCCCAGGUGGAUUCGGGAAAGUGCUGAACGCCCUAAUUUUGCAGCCGUGCUAGCUAAAGCUCUAUUGAAGUUUUAUGAGUUCAGUUUCGGAAAAUAAUCUUUUUUCUUUCAAUAAACUGCUUUCAAUUA